UCUCGCGGGAAGAGCGGCGGGUACGGCUGUGGCUCUGUCUCCAGGCUGCGCGCGGAGCGGGAGGGCUCUCCUCACACAAGCGCUGCCUCGCGGAGGGUUUGGAGCUGCGGCAGACGCAGGCCUGGGCCGCCCCUUCUCUGCCGCCUCCUUCUCUUCCUCAGGGUUCCCCGGUCCGCUUGCCCUACGACGCUGCCCAGGUAUGGUCUGAAUAUGCGUUGCUUGGCAGCUCGGGUCAACUAUAAGACUUUGAUUAUCAUCUGCGCGCUCUUCACUUUGGUCACAGUACUUUUGUGGAAUAAGUGUUCCAGUGACAAAGCGAUCCAGGUUCCGCGGCACUUGAGUAGUGGCUUCAGAGUGGAUGCCUUAGAAAAAAGAGCGGCAGCGUCUGAGAGCAACAACUAUGUGAACCACAUGGCCAAGCAGUCUGAGGAGGCCUUCCCUCAGGAACAGCAGAAAGCACCCCCUGUUGUCGGGGGCUUCAUUAACAAUGGGGCAAGCAAGGUGUUAGGGCUCAAAUAUGAAGAAAUUGACUGCCUCAUAAAUGAUGAACACACAAUUAAAGGGAGACGAGAGGGGAAUGAAGUCUUUCUUCCAUUCACCUGGGUAGAGAAAUAUUUUGAUGUUUACGGAAAGGUGGUUCAGUAUGAUGGCUAUGAUCGGUUUGAAUUCUCUCAUAGCUAUUCCAAAGUCUAUGCACAGAGAGCCCCUUAUCACCCUGAUGGUGUGUUUAUGUCCUUUGAAGGCUACAAUGUGGAAGUCCGAGACAGAGUCAAGUGCAUAAGUGGGGUUGAAGGUGUACCUUUAUCUACGCAGUGGGGACCUCAAGGCUAUUUCUACCCAAUCCAGAUUGCACAGUAUGGGUUAAGUCACUACAGCAAGAAUCUAACUGAGAAACCCCCUCACAUAGAGGUAUAUGAAACAGCAGAAGACAGGGACAAAAACAGCAAGCCCAAUGACUGGACUGUGCCCAAGGGCUGCUUUAUGGCUAGUGUGGCUGAUAAGUCAAGAUUCACCAAUGUUAAACAGUUCAUUGCUCCAGAAACCAGUGAAGGUGUGUCCUUACAACUGGGGAACACAAAAGAUUUUAUUAUUUCAUUUGACCUCAAGUUCUUAACAAAUGGAAGUGUGUCUGUGGUUCUGGAAACGACAGAAAAGAAUCAGCUCUUCACUGUACAUUAUGUCUCAAAUACCCAGCUAAUUGCUUUUAAAGAAAGAGACAUAUACUAUGGCAUCGGGCCCAGAACAUCAUGGAGCACGGUUACCAGGGACCUGGUCACUGACCUCAGGAAAGGAGUGGGUCUUUCCAACACAAAAGCUGUCAAGCCAACAAGAAUAAUGCCCAAGAAGGUGGUUAGGUUGGUUGCGAAGGGGAAGGGCUUCCUUGAUAACAUUACCAUCUCUACCACAGCCCACAUGGCUGCCUUCUUCGCUGCCAGUGACUGGCUGGUGAGGAACCAGGAUGAGAAAGGCGGCUGGCCGAUUAUGGUGACCCGUAAGUUAGGGGAAGGCUUCAAGUCUUUAGAGCCAGGGUGGUACUCCGCCAUGGCCCAAGGGCAAGCCAUUUCUACAUUAGUCAGGGCCUAUCUCUUAACAAAAGACCAUAGAUUCCUCAAUUCAGCUUUAAGGGCAACAGCCCCUUACAAGUUUCUGUCAGAGCAGCAUGGAGUCAAGGCUGUGUUUAUGAAUAAACAUGACUGGUAUGAAGAAUAUCCAACUACACCUAGCUCUUUUGUUUUAAAUGGCUUUAUGUAUUCUUUAAUUGGGCUGUAUGACUUAAAAGAAACUGCAGGGGAAAAACUCGGGAAAGAAGCGAGGUCCUUGUACGAGCGUGGCAUGGAAUCCCUUAAAGCCAUGCUCCCCUUGUACGACACUGGCUCAGGAACCAUCUACGAUCUCCGGCACUUCAUGCUUGGCAUUGCCCCCAACCUGGCCCGCUGGGACUAUCACACUACCCACAUCAAUCAACUGCAGCUGCUCAGCACCAUUGACGAGUCCCCAAUCUUCAAAGAAUUUGUCAAGAGGUGGAAGAGCUACCUUAAAGGCAGCCGGGCAAAGCACAACUAGAGCUCAGAACCAAAAUCCUACGUCAGCCUCUGCUGUACACAGAAACUAGAGUCUCUAUGUCAGCAGAGCAUAGGCACAUUUUAAAAGGUUGUAUACUAGGUUUUUGUGGAUUACAUCAGUGAUAAAUGAUCCUUAAAACCAGUCUUCUGAGAUAAUUGCAUUCCAUGGGUUUAGUGUUUAGACUGUCAUUGGCAUUUAGAGCAGAAAAGUGUUUAGUCAGUGGGCUGAAUGAAGAUAUUUAACUUGGCCUUGCUUAUCACCCUGUUCAGUUCCACAGCUAGUCCAGUUCUCUCGAUUGGGGAAAGACAACGGUAAGUAGCUCUUAAAUGGCCAGCUGUCCAGCACUUGUCUGAAGACUUAGUAUGGGGCUCUUUUAAAAUGUGGUUAUUUAUGUUUAUGUUGAAAGCAGACUUUAAAAAAAUAAUGUGCUAAAAUACAGUAAAUAUGUACUUGUAGCCUGAAUAGUGGACUGUGUGCAACUUUAAAAAUGAUCUUUCUUUUCUAUAAAUUAAUUUCUUAGGGAUGGAUGAGCAUUUGUUGCAUUUGUUCAAGUUGUUAUAUAUGGAGAAUAUUUUGAAUUUAUGGUUUGCUUGAAGUGUGUAAAUUAAAAACACAACCAGUGUUCAGGCUUCACAGUUAUAUAAUGUAAGCACAACUAAAAUGAAACUUGUUGACUGCACAAGAAAUUACAAAACAGAGCAAAAAUGUUAUCUGUUUUAUGAAACGAUCUACAAUCAGUAAAGAUUUGAUAAUCAGUAUACCCCUCCUCUACCCCCAUUGUGGUGGUUUCUUUUUGCCACUAUCUCAAAUUUUGUAUUUCAUUUCAGACUACACUCGAGAGUUUUGUCUAUUUGGGGGGGACAUUUUGGGAACAUUUGGGAAAUUUUACUAUAAACCUAAAUUUGUGGAGGAGGUAGUAAUUUUAAUAAGUCCACUACCACUGCCUUUCCAACAUUCUUUUCCCCUUUAAAGAAAAAUAUUAGGUCAGAUAUUAUAAGGCUUGUAGCAGAUUUUUUUCCUACUUAGAUCAUUCUUGGUCUACAGCUUUCCAAACUAUUGAUGUAUACAAAAUACAUAGUUUUUGUGUAAGCGUUCCAAACUUUUCUGUAUCAGUGUUUUUUCUUUGCAGUUUUUAAUUUUAAAUUAUUUCAGCUCUUGGAUAAAAGUGAUGCUACUAUAUUAGCUGUACAUGUGUAAUCAGACCUUUAUUUUGGUUUUUAUAUCUCACAUACCUCACAUAAAUAGGCACCAUAGCCCUCAUACCCUGGGCAGUGUCUGCUCUAGGACUUAGGCAGUAGGUCAGAACUGAGGGAGGUUAAUUUUGCUGUCUCUGUUUUAGUGUGUGACAAUACCUUAAAUCAAUACAAUAACUUAUACAGAUUGGAAAUAUGAGAUCCCCUACUUUCAGAGGACUGAGUCUGACACAUGCAGUGCAGUGUGUGUGUGUGUGACCUAUAUGAAAUGCACAUCAAGAGCGAGGUGGGCACCUCCCUGCCCACUGCAUCUUGACUGAACUCAGCCUACCAACACCACUCAGAAAUGGGAAAAUGCAUACAUGCCUUUGUGCAAAAUAUAUGUUAUAUCAGCAGCCGGAACAAAGACCUACAACUGACGUGAAAGUGUUAGUCACUAAGUCGUGUCCAACACUUUAUGACCUCAUGGACUGUAGCCCACCAGGCUUCUCUGUCCAUGGAAUUCUCGAGUCAAGAAUACUAGAGUGAGUAGCCAUUCCCUUGCUCCAGGGAAGUUUCCCAACCCAGGGGUCGAACCUGGGUCUCCUGCAUUGCAGGCAGAGUCUUUACCAUCUGAGCCACCAGGGAAGCCCAUGGAAACUGGCUGUGGAAAAGUAAGUUGAAACUCCCAGUUUAUAUGACCACAAGUCAAUUUUGCCACAACACAACAGUUGUGGGGUGUUAGGUUUCCCCCUAGCUGUUGACCUUUGUAGUCUUCAUACGUUAGAUGUCUCAAUAAGAAUAUCUAGACUCCUUUUUUAAUUUUAUUUUCAGCACUCAAAAAUAAACUUUCUCCAGUCUGGAAAUCCUUUUUACUCCAUUGUAUUUGUUAUUAUUUAGAGCAGUCCAGAUUUCUGCCUUCUGUUUGCAUACUGGUACUUCAGAUUGAGGGAAUCAGUGAAAACAGUAUGGUACUGCUUCUGUGACAAAUAUCAGUGCCUUAACAAUGUGGCUGUCUUUUCUCACUGAAAAUAGAAAGACAUUUUGAUCUAGAAAUGGCAUUGCAAUUUCUUUGCUGUUGGUCUCAUCCUGCCUUCCAUGUUGCAAUAGCAACUCGAUUUUUCCUGUGAUCCCAGGAUUUUCAGAGGGUGAGUUGAACCUGUAGUAUCCCUGGCAGUACAAACCAGUGGUUCUCAAACUUUAGAAUGCCUCACAAUCACCUGGGAGCUUACUGAAAUACAGAUUCCAGAUAUCCAGUAAAUCUGCCUGUGAAGCUUGGUAGUCUGCAUUUUAAAAAUAAGCAUUCAGGUAAUUUUGAGGCAAAUGAUCUGAGGGACAUGUGGGGAAACACUGCCCAAGACCAUCCAUCAUUUUUGUUCCUUAACACCUAUGGAGUUUUCUAGGGUCUUAAAUCAUGCAAAAUGUUUAGUCUGAGAUUAGAGAGAAUGGGGAAGGUAUUUUACCAUUUUUAAAAAAAUUCUUUAAAUUUUUCCUUGUUCCAAGAUUAUGGGUAUUAGUUGUUUACACUUACCUUGAGUUAGCUUUGAUGUUUAAAUAAAUCUGUUGCCACUUCAGUUAUAAAACCAGCCAAAAGUUCCCAGAUAAAGGUCAAGUUUGACCCUUUCAGAGUUACUGUACAUAAAGGCUUCAUCCAAAAACCAUCCAGUGUACGUGAGCAAAUACAAGAAAUGGCACACAAGCACAACUCUCCAGGCGUGGCAGUCCUUCUUCUUUGGAGGUGUGCAGAAGUCUCCCUGAAAGCUGCUAUCUUCGCCCCCCUUGUGGUUGUUUUCUCGUCUCCCCACUGUACGUGCGGGCUAUCGGCCGUGUGUGAAAUAUGCAAUAAGCGUUUACGGACGCCCGUCUGAGGGCGGCCCGGUGACGCUGCACAGACUGCGGUCCAAGCACAAUGUGCACACGCUAGUUUUAUACGCAGCAAGACUUGAUUUUUUGCAGAUGGAAAGGUAUUUUGUUUCUAUACAAAGUAAAUGGAUUGUUUGUGCUUAAUGUAAAGCUGCUUUAUAUAAUUGUAAAAUAAAGUUUUUAUCUUAAAAGAACUAUA